AUGGCCAGUGGGAAAGUCUUAGAGGAGACUUACCGGAAGUGGAUCCAGUAUAAAGAAGACUGUAUUAAAAUGAUUGGGAAUGCGCCACUCGCUCAAGUGGGCGUGUUCUGUAACAGGUCAUUUGACAGAUAUGCUUGCUGGCCAGAUACUCCUGCCGGCUCUAUGGUCAACAUCUCCUGCCCUUUCUACCUGCCCUGGUAUUACAAAGUGUCCCAAGGUGUUGUGCGUAGGCGGUGUGACACUGAUGGCCUCUGGGAGAGGGAUGACAGCGGGCAGGUGUGGAGGGACAUGACACAGUGUGAAGAGGAAAAAGAAGUCACAUCUCAGGAGUUGUGGUUCAAACAAUUGAUGGUGAGCUUCAGGAUGUUGUACACCGUUGGCUAUUCCUUGUCCCUCUUCGCGCUCAUCACUGCUCUUAUCAUUCUUCUGAGCUUUAGGAAACUGCAUUGCACAAGGAACUACAUUCAUGCUAACCUCUUCAUGUCCUUCAUACUACGAGCCAUAUCUGUCAUUGUUAAGGACACCAUGCUUGAACGCCACUGGGGAAGAGAAAUCAUGAAACAGACCGAUGUGAGUGAGAUGCUCAGUCACCAGGCUGCUGUUGGCUGCAGGAUAGCACAGGUGAUAAUGCAGUACUGUGUGCUGGCCAAUCACUACUGGUUCUUUGGAGAAGCGAUUUAUUUGUACUCUGUGCUUAUUUCCUCCGUGUUCAUCGACAACAACAAAAACUUGCCUUACAUCUGUUUCGGCUGGGGAGCCCCCCUUCUAUUCGUGGUUCCCUGGGUAGUGAUGAAGGUACUGAAAGAAAACAAUGAGUGUUGGGCUGUCAAUACAAACAUGACCUACUGGUGGAUCAUUCGUUUCCCAAUUCUUUUUGCUUCACUAAUCAACUUUCUAAUUUUCAUGAAGAUCGUGAAGGUCAUUCUUUCCAAAUUGCGAGCGAGCAACCAAAGUGGAUACCCUGAUUAUAAACUUCGGCUUGCCAAGGCAACCCUUACCCUCAUUCCUCUGUUUGGGAUUCAUGAGAUCAUAUUCAUCUUUGCUACAGAUGAGCAGACCACAGGGGUUCUGCGCUACAUUAAAGUCUUCUUCACCCUUUUUCUCAAUUCAUUUCAGGGCUUUCUGGUGGCUGUUCUCUACUGCUACGCCAACAAAGAGGUAAGGACAGAGCUGAGAAGGAAGUUGCACAGCUGGAGGAUAGAGGCAGAGGUUGUAUGCUGUGGACAGUGA